GAACCAAGCAGACCGCUCAUAAAUCCACCGGAGGCAAAGCCCCCAGGAAGCAGCUAGCCACCAAGGCUGCCCCUGUAAUGGAAGAGGGAGCGGCAACAGGCGUCGACCUCAGCAGGAAGUUUGUGUCAGAAUCUGAGCUUGAUGAGAAGAGGAAGAAGAGACAGGAGGAAUGGGAGAAAGUCAGGAAACCCGACGACCCAGAGGAGGCCCCAGAGGAGAAGUAUGACCCACGGUCCCUCUUUGAGCGAUUGCAGGAGCAGAAAGACAAGAAACAAGAGGAAUAUGACGAGCAAUUUAAAUUCAGGAACAUGGUGAGGGGAUUGGACGAGGAGGAGAGCAGCUUCCUGGACGAGGUCUCCCGGCAACAGUGCCUGGUGGAGAAGCAACGCAGAGAUGAGGAGAAACAGGAACUGUUGGAAUACAGAUGUCACAGCGCUCUAGUGAAGCAAGCGGCCACCGAAACCCGCAGAGAGCCUGAAAAGAAGGUGGCACCUAAACCUUCGGGGGCGGAGCAAAAGACCAGCCAUCUGUCUCAGGCCCAUUUGUUGGCUGGAGCUGUCAAGAGACGCAGUUCCUCCCAGUCCUCUGACAGCAGUAAGAAACAGAAGGUGGAAAUCUCAACGACGGCAACGACAGGAAAUGGAGACAGACACACAGAACAGGAGGAUGGAGCAGGAGCAGCAGGCGGAGCUAAAGAUCAACAAACAGACCCCGGCUCGACGGCGAAGACCCCCUCGGCUCCCCCGAGCUCCAGUCAAGGCGUGUUACACCUGCCGUCAGCAGCCGUGUGUGUGGGCGUUUUACCAGGACUCUGGGCUUAUUCCGGCAGCAGCGACUCUGACAGCAGCUCGGACAGCGAAGGUAGCGUGGACGCAAUCAUGUUGCCGUACCCCCGGCACAGCAGGGCCUACAGAUAGACACACACACACGUGAAGUAAGUCUAUAUUGCUUCAGAAUGGCUAGCAAAUAGUCAGAAAAGGUCUCCUCACACAGGAUAUGCACACACAGAGACAGAUUCAAAGGUCAUACAUACACACGCUGAUAUAAAAGUACCUGCAGGCCACACACGUUCAUAUCAUGUUGGAGUCAUACACUAGCAACAUGCACACUGAGCAAAACUUAUCAGUAUUUAUGAUUAGUAUUCUUGCUCUUCAGCCCAGAAAUAUAAUCUUAAUGAAUGGUGACAUUAGCACCAAUUUAAACUCUACUCUGAACUUAAUCUUUGUAUCUAAUUGUUGUUUUUGCUAUUGUGGCACUCAAACAUGACACCUCCACCCUUCCUUCCCUCAAUCACGUCUCACACAGUUUAAGCCGAGCAACCAAUCCCGCACUGACUACCCCGACGACAUC